AUGAAGCCUCGAGCAGUCAUGUGAGUCCCUCUGUUCUCCUCAACGUAGCCCUCAGCCAUGCUCAGUCCGUGUAAAUCGUCUUUUUGCCCCUCGCAGGAAGAUCUUUGGCCUGUUGAUCUUUGCCAACCCGCCCGGCGCACAGGCAGUGCCUCUCGUCACGGCUUGGGAUUUGUCAGGCUUCAACUUUUUGCAAAGAGGCACUGUGCAGGAUGUCAUGGCUUUCAUGGCAAAAGUGAGUGGUUGGGGCUGUGUAAGGUGUGAGCGCUAGGCGGUGAGGAGUGGGAGGAAUGGGAGGAGUGGGCAGAGCUGCAGGGAGGAGACAGCAGCAGGAGCUGCGAGCGCGUCGUUACCUGCGAAGCGAGACUGAUGCGCAAGCCCUCACAGACGGUAGCCGAGCGGACAUCCCCAACGCAGCGUCAAUCGGUGCAAGAGAACACGUACGUUGCGCACGUCCAUUCGCGACCCGCCUCAGAGGGUAUUUCGGGCGUCUUGGUAUCCGACACCGAGUACCCUUCCCGCGUUGCGUUUUCCCUGCUCAACAAGACGCUGGACGAGUUUGUGCUCAAAGUUCCAAAGGGAUUGUACGAGAGGCAGGUCAACUCCAUCACUACGGGCAGCAGCUCCGCUCCUUCGGCCAAGGGGACGGGUAUCUUGGACAAUGCAGUCUUUCCGCAAGCGCAGGAUUAUGUGAACAGGUAUCAGGACCCUAGACAAGCUGAUCAGAUCAUGAAGGUGCAGCAAGAACUCGACGAGACAAAGAUUGUCCUGGUGAGUACUGCUAGAGGAGCAACUCGUACAGAGUCGACGAGCGCGUGCCCUGAUACGUCCUCGCCUUUGGCAUUCGCACCUGCAGCACAAGACCAUAGAUUCGGUGCUGCAGAGAGGAGAGGAUCUGGACAAGCUGGUGGAAAAGAGCGGCAGUUUGAGCGCUCACAGCAAAAUGUGAGCACGGGCAAGAUGCGAGGGCAAGCGUCUCUCGCGUUUCUCCCACAGCAGCUCGGAUCUCGAUGAGGAUAUCACGGGCUGGCGCACGUCCAAAGAGGACCGCGCGAGGGACGGUGCAGAUGGUGUUGACCUGCGCAUAUCAAGGCUGACGCUUCGCAUGCUUGAUGUGCUCCACUCUUGCUUGACACUCAUUUUAGGUUCUGUGAGUAUCUGCAAUAUCAUACACGUUUGCCUAUUGUACUCUUCUAACUCAACUUUCCGUCCAUGGACACCUACCUGCCCACUUUUGCGUGCAGACAAAUCUGCAAAGAAGGUGAGUUUGCCUGUUUGCGCACACUGCAUUUGUAUGGCGGAAAUCUGACACGCAGCACCUCUUGUUUGCGCCUUUGAAGCAAAACAGUUGUUGCGUCAUCAUCUGA